GGAGGGAGACGCAGCGGACGCGGCGCAGGGACCCGGCUGCUGCUGCAGCGAAGCCCCCAGCCCAGAGGAGGCAGCCGCCGCCAUGGGCUAACCCGGCCGCCCCGGACCUCCCCUCCCCCAUGUCGGACGCCUCCCGCCCCAGCCGGGCGCCCGCGUUCCCGCGGCUGUGGGACCUGCGCCCCCACGCCCGCUCGUCCCCCCAGGGCCGCGGCUACGGCUGCCCGACCUGCGGCAAGGCCUUCGCCCGCUCCUCGGCGCUGCUCCGCCACGAGGCCGCGCACCGCGGCGAGAAGCCCUUCCGCUGCGCCGAGUGCGGCAAAGGCUUCGCCCAGGCGGCUCAGCUGGAGACCCACGGGCGGUCGCACACCGGCGAGCGCCCCUUCGCCUGCCCGCACUGUGCCAAGGCCUUCAUGUCCUCCUCCCACCUGGCGCAGCACCGGCGCACCCACUGGGCCGAGCGCAAGCACGGCUGCCCGCUGUGCGGCAAGACCUUCCUGCGCCCGUGGGACGUGGCCCAGCACCAGCGCUUCCACACGGGCGAGCGGCACUCCCGGUGCGAGCCCUGCGGCAGCGCCUCCGGCCCCGCCUCCCAGCUCACCGAGCACCAGCGGGUGCACACCGGCGAGCGGCCCUACCUCUGCUCCGUCUGCGGCAAGACCUUCGCCUACUCCUUCCUGCUGCGCCGUCACCUCAAGAUCCACACCGGGGAGCGGCCCUACCCCUGCCCCGAGUGCCCCAAAGCCUUCAAGACCUCGGGGCACCUGCAGAAGCACCGGCUGAUUCACACCAGGGACAGCGCGGCCGGGGGGAGGAGGCAGCGGCGGAAAAGGGAGGCGGGGCCGGGAGUGGAGUGA